AGGAAGCCGGGUGUCACUGGCCAGGUACACAGACACAAGACCACCGUGUGGAAAGGAGCGAUCAUCGCUAAACAGCCGCGGACUGAUACCGACAUGCUGAGUUCCGCACCCCAGCAUUGUCAGUCAAAGUCAGCAUGACCACCCCCUUUUGCUCUGGGCCAGCAGGUUGUAAAGCCAUUUUUGCAUCAGGGCUUCCUCUCAUUAUACCGCUUAGUGCGAGUCUCCUUUUAAACUGUGAUUAAGGUUUUGGGGGGGUGGAAGUAUCGUUGUUUUUCAGUUGAAACAUGUACUGUCCGUACAGCGCAAGUUCCUGUGUUUUGUUUAUUCGCGGUCCAGUCUUACUUCUAUGGAUUUUUGGGAAAGCAUCAAGCGUCAGCUUUAAGGACAGUAGUGAAGAGGGGGAGGUGUCGCAGAGCCAGCACAAGGAGGUGGCCCAGUGGUGGGGGGAGUGGAGCAGCUGGUCCACCUGCUCACGGACCUGUGGAGGAGGGGUCCAGUCGCAGGAGCGCCAUUGUCUGCAGCAGAGACUUGUAGCCACAUAUAAUGGCAGCACCUCAGUUUGCUCCGGUUCUGCAAAGAAACAUCGGCUGUGUCAGAAUCAGCUGUGUCCCAACAACGGGGUCAGUUUUAAACAACUGCAGUGUUCCUCAUUCAAUGCCAAAGCCUUUGGCCGAAGAUACUAUAUGUGGGUCCCCCUUUACCCGGAUGAUUACAUCAGCAUCUCAAACAGGCCAUGUGACCUCCAGUGUACCACAAGCACAGGGGAAAAGCAGCUGCUGGUCCCGGCCCAAGAUGGUACAUACUGUCGGGAUUGGGUCUACCAGGGGGUCUGCAUCGAAGGCCGGUGCCAGGUGGUGGGAUGCGAUGGGAAGCUGUACUCCGGUAAGACAGUAGACAAGUGCGGAGUCUGCGGUGGAAAUGGGGCCUCCUGUUACCGUGUCUCGGGCUCCUACCGAAAAGGAAUCGCACAGUUAGGUUACCUGUUCAUAACUAACAUUCCUGCUGGAGCCACCGACAUCCAAGUAAUCGAACGCCGAAAGACUGAGAACAUUCUUGCUCUGUCGGAUGAAGCGGGACACUUCUUCUUCAAUGGGAACUCUGUCAUCGAAAAUCCCAGAAAUUUCCAUGUGGCUGGCACGAUCUUCAAGUACAGGCGGCCCACUGGCCUCUUUGCUGAUGGGUUUGAGUACAUUAUUGCCCAAGGUCCUACCAAUCAAGGUCUUAACAUCAUGUAUUACAACUUGAAUGGGAAGAUGCCACACAUCACGUACGAGUACACUGUGCCUUGGACACCUUCGCCUAGAACAACGGCAGCCAUGAUGUCAGCCCCAGAACCAGUCCAGCUCGUGCCCCCUGGGGCUGUUCCAGACCCAGACCGGGACGCUAAUGAAACUUUGGUGGAGCUUGCGUACAACAAUGAGAUUGAUGUGAGUGAGCAAUAUAAGUUAGGGAACAGCACAAGUGCCUUUGUCCAGUAUAAGGGUAUAGUUGGGGACCCGGGCACAGAUGUCUUGGAAUGGAGGUUCCAAACCCCACCAAACUUCACCAGUGUUCCCAGUGAUGUUCUCUUUCAGAACAAUGUGGAGAACAGCCAAGAGGGUCAUGAGGGAACAGCUGAUGUUGGUUCUGAUUCCAACGUGGUCAACGGGAAUGGCGCUGAUCUAAAUGGAACGCAUCGGACUUCCAAACUCCUUUUCAGGAGCCAACUUUUCAAGCUGGGGAUCCCGUCCAAGGCGGGGGGCCUUCGACGGAUGUGCAAGAACAGCUCUGUGCUAUGUCCCAACCUCGAAGGUCCAGAGAACACUCUGGAAGUCUUUCCGGGAAGCUUGACCCCUGACCCACAUUCAGAUUUGAAAGCUAAAGCGGGCUACAGGCUUCUCAAACAGCUGGGACCAUUGACCAAUGACACAUUCCCCCAGCAGGUGGGGGUGCUAAACCACCAGGUAGAGCCAGCUCAGGCACCUGGAACAGAAAGUAAUGAGUUUGAGGUGGGGCCUCCUGAUCGUGACAUCAGCCUGGCUGACAUGUACAGAUGGAAGGUAUCUGCGUACGCCCCCUGCAGUUCAACAUGUACCACAGGAAUAAGCACAUCGUAUGCGCUGUGUGUCCGCUACGAUGGACAGGAAGUCGAUGACAGCUACUGCGAUUCCAUGACGUGACCGGAGCCAAUGCAUGAAUUCUGCACCGGCAAGGAAUGUCCACCAAGAUGGGAGACCAGCCAAUGGAGUGAGUGCUCUCGCACCUGCGGUGAGGGCCACCAGUUCCGCUCGGUGCGCUGCUGGCGGAUGAUGGCGCCCGGCUUCGACAGCUCCGUCUAUGACGACUUGUGCCGGGCCGCUGAGCUGCCCAAGCCCAUGGGCCGUAAGGUGUGUCAGAACCGGGCCUGCGGUCCCCAGUGGGAGGUCUCCGCCUGGUCUGAGUGCUCUGCUCGCUGCGGCGGGAGAGGGGUGCAGAUCCGUGAGGUGCGAUGCUCCAUGGAGGCGUGGCUGUGCAAUGACUCCGCCCACCCGGAGGCAGAGAGGGAGUGCGAGGGCCCGCCGUGUGACCGCAGGUGGACCGUGUCAGACUGG